UCUCUCAGCCCGCAGUCAAAUCUGUUAAAAUCAGAACUUUCCAGAGUGAGCUCUGAGUUCCUCCUGCACUCUCUGUCCAACUUUCCUCCACCAUGCGUCUCCAGCUGCUCCUGUGCCUAACGGUCCUGCUCGCCUCCUCCAGCCCGCGCGCAGAGGCGCGGAUAUCCAAGCGCUUCGCCAUCGGCUGCCCGGAGAGGUGCGACAAGUCGCAGUGCGCGCCGAUCCCCGCGGACUGCCUGUCCGGCGACGUGCUGGACCGCUGCGACUGCUGCCCCGUGUGCGCGUCCGGGGAGGGCGAGCCGUGCGGCGGCACCGGGGACCGCGACUGCGCCGAGGGCAUGGAGUGCGUGGUGACCGACGGCGUGGAGGUGUCCUCCACCGUCCGGCGCCGGGGCAAGACCGGCGUGUGCGUGUGCGCCAGCUCCGAGCCGGUGUGCGGCAGCGACGGCGUGUCCUACGCGAACGUCUGCGAGCUGAAGCGCGUGAGCAGCCGAGCGACCAAGCUGCAGCAGCCGCCGGUCAUCUUCAUCCAGAGAGGCGCGUGCGGGAAAGGCCAGCAGAAUCCCGACAGCCUCCGUUUCAAGUACAACUUCAUCGCAGACGUGGUGGAGAAAAUCGCUCCUGCUGUGGUUCAUAUUGAACUUUACCGAAAGAUGGUCUUCUCAAAGCGGGAGGUGGCGGUGGCGAGCGGCUCGGGCUUCGUGGUGUCCGAGGAUGGACUGAUCGUCACCAACGCUCACGUGGUGGCCAACAAGCACAGAGUGAAGGUGGAGCUGAAGAGCGGCGCUACGUUUGACGCAAAAAUCAAAGACGUGGACGAGAAGGCCGACAUCGCUCUGAUCAAGAUCGACACUCCGAUGAAGCUGCCGGUGCUGCUGCUCGGACAGUCCGCGGACCUGCGGCCCGGCGAGUUCGUGGUCGCCAUCGGCAGCCCGUUCUCCCUGCAGAACACCGUCACCACCGGCAUCGUCAGCACCACCCAGAGGGGGGGCAAGGAGCUGGGCCUGCGCAACUCGGACAUGGACUACAUUCAGACCGACGCCAUCAUCAACUACGGCAACUCAGGAGGGCCACUCGUGAAUCUGGACGGAGAGGUGAUCGGCAUCAAUACGCUGAAGGUCACAGCAGGAAUCUCCUUCGCCAUCCCGUCAGACAAAAUCCGACAGUUUCUGGCCGAGUCUCACGACAGACAGGCCAAAGGUAAAACAUCUCAGAAGAAGAAAUACAUCGGCGUCAGGAUGAUGAGUCUCACUCCGACGUUGGCCAAGGAGCUGAAGGAGAGGACGUCGGACUUCCCGGACGUCACCUCGGGAGCGUACGUCAUCGAAGUCAUCAGCCGGACCCCAGCUGAGGCCGCCGGGCUGAAGGAGAGUGACGUCAUCAUCAGCAUCAACGGCGAGCGAGUCACCUCGGCCAGCGACGUCAGCACCGCCAUAAAGCAGGACGAGACGCUGCGGACGGUGGUGAGACGAGGCAACGAGGACGUCAUCCUCACCAUCGUCCCCGACGAGAUCGAACCUUGAACCCUCAGCGCGAGCACCUUCAACCUGUCGACCAAUCCCGAGCUGGCUCUCAGAGUUUUUUCAACCAGUCAUGGACUCCUCAUUUAGAAAAACAACCAGUAGGGGGGAUAUGUGUGUGUGUGUGUGUGUGUGUGUGUGUGUGUGUGUGUGUGUGUGUGUGUGUGUGUGUGUGUGUGAGAGAGAGAGCGUGUGUGUGAGUGCAUUUUUAUGUGUGUGUGUGUGUGGGUGUGUGGGGCUACACCUGAAAGGUUUCUUUAGCAUUGGUCUCCUGUUUUAGAACGCACACCUUCAAGCUGGGAACUGAAGCUUCAACCUGUCAGAUUUUUCCUGUUAAUCUUCGUCAUCAUCAUCAUCAUCACUAUCAUCACAGACCGUUUAUUCUCGACUAACGCCACCUGUUGCUCCCCGGAGGUUCCUGCAGGUUAGCCUUCACUGUGUACUGUACGUUCUCAUGGAAUAUUUUGUAAUAGUACUGUUGUCUUGAUGUGUCUGACUUCAAUGUUUUUAAAACAGGGAAUAAAAUUAUUUUUAAAAAUGUC